CAAAGUAGCAGCGUGAUUGUACGGAUAAUCCGCGACAUUCUGUUGGCACUUUCAGUGAAAGCGUGCGAUUUUUUUCACUCAUUUCAUUUCAACAUUUCGUUCAAAUUGUUCAUUUACCAACAUUUGUAGCCGCAGUGUUGUAUUCUUUCACACUCCGUAUUGCUAAAUUGGUUGUAAAGAGAGUCAAUUUGGGGCGCCCAAAGGAGGAGCAGAAGUGCCAGUGAGCUGAAGUUGUAACGAGAGCGAUAUCGUCAACCAGAAGUCCAACUUUUCUCAAUCUCGUUCUCCUCGGAAGUCUAACAGUCAAUGUGGUGAGAUAUUGAGAGGAAGAAAAAACACAGGAGAGCCUGAGGACACACCGUUAAACAUUGGAAUUGUGACUAACCCCCCAAGGCAGUAACACAGAAGGGGAUCGUUGACGCUGCAAGCGAAAGAAGAGAAACAGGAUUCGAACCCUUACUGAUUCGUGUGAAGGAAGGUCAGCAGCAGUAUUGGAUAAAAGCGCUGAAAAUCACAUCGAAGGGAGAGUUUUCACUGGCGAAGAGAGAAGAUAUAUAAAUUACAAAUUAACUAAGUGAAAGUGUAUAUUGAAGGAGGACCUAAAGUGAAACUCCAAUCGUGGAGUGUUGACGAGAGUUUCGAAAAUUGCCAAGAAGAGAAAGAGUGGUUACUCAAAAAAGGCGUACAUUGAUAAAUAAUAAUAAAUUAAUGAGGAUAUUUUAAUAGUUGCAUGCGGUUUUUAGCAUCUGGAUCAACUUGUGACAGUUUAUUGUUGAUCGUGCAGACAUAAACACGCGGUUGCGUUGAAGUAAAUAAUAAGAAGUAUAUGUAUUAGAGAGAUUUUUUUUCUUCUUCCAAUGUGCAGUGCGCCACCGUAAUUGAGAAGUAAUUAAGAGAGAAACUCGUGGAAAAUUGCUGUUGGAAAGAAAGACGAAAAAAAAGAAAAACAAAAGUGAGAAGUAUAAUUUUUGCAAACCAGGAAGAGUGCAGUUUAUGUAUAAAGUCUUGAAUUUAACAGUUCUACCCAGUGCAUUGUGAAUUGUAAUUGUCUACACGUGUGACUUGGUAUAUUGAGAAAAGCGAGAGAGAGAGAUUAUUAUAGUUAAUUUUCCUGUGUCUCCUCGUUAAGCACACUGACAACUCCCGAAGAGGCAUGUUGAUCUUUUUGCUGACGCUUGUGGAAAAGAGACACGAAAUAGUGUGUAAAUUUAUAAAGAAGGUACAUUUCUGAAGGAGAGUGUGGUGUUUAAUACAAUCUGCAUUCAACGGUCCAGCGUCUAGGCAUUCCAAUUGCUUUAUCGUGGAGAGCAUCUUCAACUGGGUUCACUGAGGCGUGAUCAUAUCGUCUCACCCAGUCAAUCCAGACGGAACAAAAGUGCUCCAUCUUUAUCACCCCUUAAUUUCUUUUCUUCUGGACCAGUGUUAAUAAAAACGUGAUCCACCGUGGAUACCAUAGCGUUGCCUCUGGGUGGAUUAUCACAUGUUAGGAUGGCUCUGGCCAGGAAAAAAUUUCCUCCCUCUAUUUCAUGGUUGCCGGUCGUGAGUGACUGUCCGGCAGGUCAAACUGCUAGAGUUACAUCCAACCUCCACUCUUCCAGUAGCAGUAGCAGUAGUACAAUGGCGGUCAGUAGAGUACCGUCUCCACCGUUACCGGAAGUGAACACACCAGUUGCUGAAAAUUGGUGCUACACUCAGGUGAAAGUCGUUAAAUUUAGCUACAUGUGGACGAUAAAUAAUUUUAGCUUUUGCCGAGAAGAAAUGGGCGAAGUACUAAAAUCAUCCACCUUCUCAGCUGGUGCUAACGACAAAUUAAAAUGGUGUUUACGUGUCAAUCCAAAGGGGCUGGAUGAGGAAAGCAAAGACUACCUGUCCCUUUACCUUCUAUUAGUAUCAUGUAACAAAUCAGAAGUUAGAGCCAAAUUUAAAUUUUCUAUUUUAAAUGCAAAACGCGAGGAGACCAAAGCGAUGGAAUCACAAAGAGCGUAUAGAUUUGUUCAGGGGAAAGAUUGGGGCUUCAAGAAGUUCAUCAGACGGGAUUUUCUGCUCGACGAAGCGAAUGGCCUGCUGCCCGAGGAUAAAUUAACAAUAUUCUGCGAGGUUAGCGUGGUUGCUGAUAGUGUUAAUAUAUCAGGCCAGAGCAAUAUCACACAGUUCAAAGUGCCCGAAUGCAAAUUGUCUGAAGAUCUGGGAAAUCUGUUCGAUAGUGAACGUUUCAGUGAUGUCACACUGGCAGUUGGUGGUCGGGAGUUCCAGACACACAAAGCAAUUCUCGCUGCGAGGAGUCCUGUUUUUGCUGCGAUGUUCGAGCAUGAGAUGGAGGAGAGGAAGCAAAAUCGUGUCGCCAUUACAGAUGUGGACCAUGAAGUGCUCAAAGAGAUGCUUCGAUUCAUUUACACAGGGAAAGCACCGAAUUUAGAGAAGAUGGCUGAUGAUCUCCUAGCAGCCGCCGACAAGUAUGCCCUAGAAAAGCUGAAAGUGAUGUGCGAAGAAGCGCUUUGUGUUAAUCUGUCUGUGGAAACGGCGGCUGAGACUCUCAUCCUCGCUGACCUGCACAGUGCCGAUCAACUUAAAGCGCAAACGAUAGAUUUCAUCAAUACACAUGCAACUGACGUGAUGGAGACGGUGGGGUGGAAGAACAUGAUAUCGACGCAUCCGCACCUUAUUGCUGAGGCAUUUCGCGCCCUAGCGACGCAACAAGUCCCACCAAUUGGUCCGCCGCGGAAGCGCGUGAAGAUGAGCUGAAAUAAAUUGAUGAUUUCUAGUGCGGGUCUGGCGAGUAUAUCAACAUUCAGCAACGCCGACAUCACCUACGACGCAACAUCAUGUGACAAUUGCAAUACAAUCAAUAAUAAUGGGAUGGACAGCAGCAAGACACUAUUUCUCCCAUCGAUAUCAUCGACACUGACAACGGCAUGUGCCACAAAUUCCGCAAUUGUUGUCCAAGGAUCAAAUCUCAACACUUUCCACCACCGCCAUCAUCAUCAUUUGCGACAGACGUCUUCUGUGAUGCACCACUCUUCCGCCACGUCGUCCUCCAUUGCCAGUGCUGUGGAUGAGAAGCUGGGCAAGAUCUCCAUUGUGAGUGACAAUUUGAUCCUCUCGCACCUGCAGAGGUCUGCAUAGGUGGACGGAGAGAGUUCAGUAGAGCUGUAGAUGGUGAGGAGACACACUUCCUCUUCCUCAUUUCCCCACUUUAAGAUAAACACACACACACACACACACAGAAUGUGCAGUUGAUCGUCUAUUUCUCUUUUUACCCCCAUUUGCCGAGAGAGGGUGGCGAAAUCCAAAUGUUUUCCUCCGACAUUUGCACAAAUGACAUUGAACAAAAAGAGUAAAGUUAAUUUGUAUAUAAAUGGGUAUUUGUAAAGAAAAAAAAUGCUACUAAAAUUGUAUAAUAUAGUAAUGCCGAUCAGGAUCAAGGACUUGGCUUCCUUUUGAUUUUAAAACAUUUUUUUUAAAUUAAUAUCUUUUGUCACAUGAGAGGAGUGUUUGAAACAAAGAAAAAAAAUGUGUAUUUGCAGUUUAACCACUGUUAAUGUAUUGUCCUGAAUUUAAUUGAUUCAUCGAGAGAAAGAGAAAGAAGUAUAGUUAAAGAUAAAUUUAGUAUUUGUGUGUUUUUCGAUAUUGUAAUUUGAAGAAGAAGAAGAAGAAAAAAUUUCUUGAUGAAAUGAAGCAAAAGUCCUUUUCCUACUCAGUGAAGAUUGAAUAUAAAAAAAACCAUGAAAUUGACAAGUGUGAGAAAUUCCUCCGCCCCCUCCAAUGCUUUUUUGUAUAGUAACAAGAAAAAAAAAUGUAGAUGUUUAGAAUUCGUGGUCAAACAGAAAUUUGUAAGAGUUUUCAACAGAUGACCGGAAAAGAAAUCAAUAGAAUUAAUAAUGAGAGAAGAAGUGUUGAGAGUUUUUGCUACAUUUAAGGAGUUUUUUGUAUACCAAAUAAGUAUAGAAUGGAAGUUAAAAUUACAAACCUAUUAAAAGGUUGAAACUUCUCAAAUAAAACAAAACAUAUAAUUGAAAUAAAAUUGUUAAGCGAGAAAAGCUAUGAUCAGAUUCAAUAUCAAUUGAGGAAAUAAUUUAAUGGAAAAAAAAUGUAGAAAUAUUGAAACUAUUUUGCUAAAAACAAAGGGUUAUCAUCAUCAAUGAAACAAAAGAAGAAAAAAAUCAAUCUAUCGACAUUCAUUUUCGUUGGAGAAAAAGAAUUGAAGAAGAAAUGAACAAAGAUAUGAGGAAGAAAAUAUUAAAAACACAAUUUAAAGUUGCUAAAAAUGUGAUUUCUUUGCUCGUGUUGUAAGAGUGAAAGAUGUGAGGGGAAACUUUGUGUGAAAGUGAGAUAAUUUACUCACGGGAAUUUUUUGUGUUAAAUGGGCGAGUUUUUUUUCCGUGGACACGUUUAAGGGAGGAAAAAAGUGAGAAGAAGAAGAAACAUGGGAGAAAUUCGACUUUGCAAGAAAAUAUCUAUUUCUUUUUUGAAUCCCACCAAUAAAUAGUAAUGAUUUAAUAGUAAUUUUAUAAUUUUCAUUGCAAGAUUUGUAUUCUUUCAAGAAUUUGUUUUUUUUUUUCUAUUAUCCUUCUUUUCUAUGGAUUCCUGUUUUAAAAUAUAAUCUUUUCAACUUCAUCUUUGUAGUUCAUUAGAGAGUAAUGUUUUUGAUUUUAUGAAAUAGUGUGACAAAUGAAAAGAAAAAGGAAAUAUGCUUGUUGAAGCGUGAAAAGCAGUUCAGAGAGGAAAAUCUGAAGUCUUAUGAUUUUUUGCUCUUCUUUGGUAUUAAUUUAUUAAUAUUUAGAGAAUUUCUUCCAGUUGUCGAUCCGUUUUGGAGAUGCGAAAAAGUUGAAAAAGAAAAUAUAUUCAGAGAAGACGAAAGCAGAAAAUCUAAAUGUUAAUUAAAUUUUGCAUAAGGAAGAUUAUGAAUAAUGAUCUCUACUGGCGUUAAAGUAAACUAAAAAGUAAAGUAAAAAUAUAUUAAAUGUAAAAUAUAAUUUCCUGUCCAAAUAUUUGAUUGUGAAAGUGACAGAAAAGUGAAAAGCGCGAUGGUAAAAUUGCCGACACUUUUUUUUUGUCACAUUCAAGCAAAAAAAGAAUACUUUUGACACUCGAACAUAACAAAA